CAAGCUGGUGAAAGGACAUGAGGGAAUACAGCUGGAGCAGUUUCAAAGAUUUGAUUUUCAGAAAUCCUGCUGUUGUCGACCAGGAUCCACAUGUGAAUGAUGGGGAUGAGAACACUGAGCGCGGGAACUGGGCCAACAAGAGGGAGUACAUCCUCUCUACAAUCGGCUACGCUGUUGGGCUGGGAAAUAUCUGGAGAUUCCCAUAUAUGGCCUACAAGAACGGAGGGGGAGCCUUUCUCAUCCCCUAUUUUGUGAUGUUGGUGGCGACUGGAAUCCCUCUUUUCUUCCUGGAAAGUGCCUUUGGGCAGUUUUGCAGUCAAGGUCCAAUUAACAUAUGGAGGGCAGUGCCAAUCCUGCAGGGUGUUGGCAUUGCCAUGGUUAUGGUGACUCUAAUAGUAUCAAUUUAUUAUAACGUCAUCAUCGGCUACAGCCUGUACUACAUGUUCGCUUCCUUCCAGUCGCCUCUGCCGUGGGCCAGCUGCCUCAAUCAGGCUGACAGUAACUGCAGCAACACGCCUAUAGUGUACUGCAAUGUAAGUGGAGUUUUAAUGACCAACUGGACUCUGCAAAACAGCACCUGUCCUUCAGCCAACAUGAUCACAGUUCCAGUAAAGAGCCCGAGUGAGCAGUACUGGGACCAUGUGGCUCUACAGAGAUCCAGCGGUCUAGAUGAAACAGGACCAGUAGUUUGGCACUUGGCCCUCUGUCUGCUGCUGAGCUCCAUUCUUGUUGCUGCAGCGCUCAUCAAAGGCAUCAAGUCAUCAGGCAAAGUCGUGUAUUUCACAGCUACAUUUCCUUAUGUGGUGAUUCUGAUCCUGCUGAUCAGAGGUGUGACACUAGAGGGAGCCAGAGAUGGGAUAGAGUUCUACAUUGGUUCCCAAUCGAACUGGACUAAACUGAGAGAAGCGCAGGCCUGGAAUGAUGCAGCAACUCAGACCUUCUACUCCCUCUCCAUUGGCUGGGGUGGAGUCAUGACUCUUGCUUCCUACAACAACUUCCACAACAAUGUGUUCAAGGACUCAUUUGUUGUAACACUUACUAAUGCUGGCACCAGUGUCCUUGCAGGCUUUGCCAUAUUUUCAAUCUUGGGUCACAUGGCUCACAUCUACAAAGUGCCUGUUGAAAAAGUGGUGAACGAAGGGUUUGGCCUGGCAUUCAUUGCAUAUCCAGAUGCGCUGUCUAAACUUCCUAUUUCCCCUCUGUGGUCCACGUUGUUCUUCUUCAUGCUUUUGACUGUCGGUCUGGAUUCUCAGUUUGCAGGAAUAGAGGUGAUCACCACCUGCCUGCUUGAUGCCUUCCCGAAAUUCUUCAAAUCAAAACGAGCUUUAUUGAGUCUAACAACAUCUUCCAUCCUCUACCUGUUGGGCCUGCCUUGUGUCACAAGGGCAGGAAUAUACUGGGUGACUCUAAUUGACCACUUUGUUGCCACCUGGGUUCUGCUAUUUUUGGUACUCUUUGAGAUCAUCGGUGUCUGCUACAUAUAUGGAGCGAACCGUUUUAUUAAAGACAUUGAGAUGAUGAUUGGAAAAAAGAGUUUCUAUUUCUGGCUGUGGUGGAGAGCGUGUUGGUUCUUCCUAAGUCCCUGUAUAAUAGUGGUGAUCCUGAUCUGGUCUCUGAUGACACUUAAGCCAACCCACUAUGGAGAAGUGCAGUACCCAGUGUGGGGUUUAGCUCUGGGCUGGUGCAUGGCUGUAUUUGUCCUCCUCUGGAUCCCUGUCAUCGCUGUAAAUAAGCUGAUAAGAGCAAAGGGAAGCCCCUGGAAGCGUCUGAAGUCAUUGUGCACUCCAGCUGAGGAAUGGCAUCCCUACCUGGAUGUUCACAGAGGAGAACGCUACUCACAAGAACGCUGCCACCUCAGGAUGGGCAAUAAAACCAAACCAGAAGUUAAUGUAAAUGUAAUCUCAAGCUCAUGGCUCUGA